AGGUAUGGCGGCCGAGUCAAUCUGGAAAGUUAGACCCGCCGCCCGAAAAUUCGAAACCGACCCGGAUUUGGUAAUUCCGGCCGUUCAACACCCGUUAGAAGACGCAGAAACUAAAAAUAAAAUAGCUGCGUUUUGGACAAAAUGGGAAAGCAAAAAACUAGAAUCGAAGAAAUCGGAAGAAAAAGGAAAAGAAACGUAUGAUUUUGAAGAUCCUCUUGGCGCUACAUUUGGAGCUGCAGACGGCGAGGAAACUGUUGAUCGAGACAUAUUACAGCAAAGUACGAAAUCAAUUCGUAGUUUUUCAUUGGAUAACACUCUUGAAAACAAACGAUCCGAUCACUCGAGUUUCAACAUAGAAUUGCCCGAAUUUCAAGCGUGGAGAGAGAAACGAGCUCAAAUUGCUCUGGUUGCAAAACCAAAAGAAUUUGGAAUGUCACAAAUUGAUGUUCUACGAGCUCGCCUGAAAUCACUUUCCGAUGAGAAGAAUUUGAAAAAUGUGAAGAAAGCUGGAGAUGUAUCGCAGAGAUUUUUAAUUCUCAGGGAAAAUCUAAUUACCGCAUGGGGAAGAGAAGAUCGAGUAGAAUCAUUUAAAAUUGUAAUUGAAUCGGCAAAUCUUCUACAGUCUAUACCUCCACAAUCGGAAGAAUAUCCAUAUUACUGGCUUCUUGCAAUUGAUGUUGUUGAUACAUUUGGAAAAUUACUCUACGAUCGAUUACUUGCAAAGUCAAACGAGGCUCGAAACAAAAACGGUCAAACCGAUCUUUCUGCGAAUUUCACCGUGGAGCAGGUACCGAAAAAUGUGAAGGAUAUGGCAAUGAAUUGGUUUCUGAAAUUAUCUGAAAUUAUAGAUAUUCCAAUUCGGUUUUAUAUUGAAUGCUCGAUGAUUGCGUGUCUGAAAUUUUUCGAUGCAGCAAAUCUAUCAAUAAAUUUGGAACGCCUCGCUAUAAUGUGCUCCCAAUUCAACGAUGAUCUCUCUUCAAUAUUUGCUCGAGUUCACAUAACCCGCUACAGUAUGCUCAUUGAUCCAUUAAAUCGUACUCCUCACUGGAGAGUUCUACAUGAUUGGAUGCAGGCACCGAAAGAUGUUAUGGAAGAGCUCCAUCGAAAGAAAACUUCACUCGCGGACGCCAGAAAAGAAGCAGUCUCAAUUCAAGGAGUUUCCUGGAUUGUUCAAUGUGUUGCUCACGGAGCUCACACUGUUGAUGAUCUUGUUCCACUUUUUGCAUACUGCCGAAAAACUUCUCCACUUGAUGAGAAAACGUUUAUUUUGGUGUCAGCUGUGAUAGAAGGAUUACCAUCGAAAUAUUUAUCCGUGCAUUCUGAACAAGUACUGGAUAUUAUUUUUGCAUUACAUGAAGAUUUUGAAGAACCGCUCACACGUCUCGGAAAACGAUAUCUCAAUAUGGCGCCGAUCGAGGAAAAUAGAAAAUUUGUGAAAAAGUCAGUAUGGAUGCGUGUAGCAGAUAUUUCGAAUUUUCAAACUUUUGUCGAUUGCUGUGCUGCAUGGACAUCUUAUAUUACAAAAUAUUACACCUUGAAGGAAGUCACAAAGAUUCUGGAAUUGGUUUUGGUUCGGCUCAGAAUUGAUGAUCAAACUAAGAAGCCAGAAAACACGGCUCUUCUCAUCAAUCUAAUUGCCGCCUUCCUGGAACAUAAUGCAAAUAAAUCUGAUUGUUUGGACAUUGUCACGUCAAAUAGUUUCAUCAAAAUAGUAGAUCUAAUCGGUUAUGAUAUUCAAUCAACAUCAGACUGUUCUCGACGAAUUUUGGAAAUUUUCUCUAAAACCUUCACACGCCACACGAUUUCCGAUAUAUCUGCCUGUCAAUUCAUUAUUGAGAAAUGUCGAACUUUGUGCAAAGCGUAUAGACUGGAAGAAUCAGAAGAAGUCAAAGCUGCGGAGCAACUUGUUUGCUCUUCACUUUCUCUGAUUGAUUUCCAAGCAUUUACAAAUUUGGAUCAAUGCAUUGAAUUAAUAGUCAGAUGUCGAGAAGACAUGGGAUUACGGCAGAAUAGUUUAAUUCACAUCAUUGAAACUUUGUUCAAUUUCACACAGUUCAUCCAUCGUACUCAAAAGUCUGGAAAGCGAAAAGCGGAUUUUAUGAGAGUGUGCAUCACAAAUCUAUCACUUACAAUCCCAGCUGUCCGAGAUCCGUCCCGACGCGUCAAGAUGACUGUGCAAAACAUUCAAAUGUGCCUUCUUGCCAAUUUUCUUCCUCAAAUGGAAAUGUCGAGUGUGCGUGUGAUAGAAUAUCUCGACGAAAUGAGCACAAACGGUCCUUCUGUGUGUGCUACAGUAUCCCCUCUCAUCAGUCAGUUCCUCGCAACACUCAGUUUCUGCCCAGAAGGAUUUAAUGAAGAAAUGCCGUCUCUUUCGCAUUUUUCGAAAAUACUUGCAAUUGUUGAAAGAAAUCACGAAGAAUGGUCAAAAGAGUAUAAAGGAGUUCCACUGGCAGAGAUUUAUAUCAAUAUGCUCCGUUACCUGUGUACAUGCCGAAAAGUUGAUCCACUUCGAGCAGAUAGCAGUCAAAAAUUGCAUUUCGGCGAUGAUGAUCAUUUAAUUCGAGUGGAUUGCAACAUUUCUGACGUCAUCACAAAACUAUUCUCACUCGCCAAUGACCCAACCAUUGCAGUAAUUACACUGGAAAAUGUUGUCAUGUUAUUUGAAAUUCAUGAAGAGAUGCGCUCCACGAUCCGAGGUCUUCUGAAACGAUCAGUAGGCUCGCCUGCUCAUUUGCAAAAACGCCUUGACGCAAUCAUUCAGGAUCUCCGGAAUGAAGCCAGUCACGAUGAAACUGUCCGAGAUAUUCUUCAGAGAUUAUCACUUUUAUAAUUUGUCAGUGCCUAUUAACUUAUUAUUGUCUAACUUAUUUUGUCUAAAAUUACGGGAAAAUAAAAAUAACAUCAGUUGUUAAUAUGUGAUAUUUUAAUUGUUUUAAAUAGCAGUUAACUAGUUAUAAAUAUUUAAAAAAAAAGUUCAAUUUUCUUAUA